CCAAGAAAUUGGACCGAAAUGAGAAAAAGGAGCAAAGAAAAUGAAGUGAAGUGCACGUACACAAUCCAACUACGCAAGCAAAGAAAUGGAACCCACACAUACAGUCUGCUAUCAGCUGGCACCAAAAUCGCGGCUCAUCGACCACCAACUCCUCAAAGGCUCCCAAAACAAUCAAAACCUACACCAAUCUGAAAAUCCUCAGAAACCCAGAUCACUGAAAAUUAGUCUUUCUCUUGUUUGAAAUUUGAAUUUGAAAUACAGUUUGUGAUGUCAUUGGAGGUGGUGAAGGAAGACGAAGAAGUUUACAGCUGGAGAGAAGUGAACCUGGCGUCGAUCCCAGAGCUUGAGAGGGAGACGGUGGAGAGAAGGCGUGGCCGUGACAUAGUCAUAGCUGUGGAUCAUGGGCCCAACAGCAAGCACGCUUUCGAUUGGGCCCUUAUUCACUUUUGCAGGCUUGCUGAUACCAUCCAUCUUAUUCAUGCGGUUUCCAGUGUGAACAACGAGAUUGUUUACGAUGCGAGCCAGGUCCUGAUGCAGAAGCUUGCAAUUGAGGCAUUUGAAGUUGCCAUGGUGAGGACGAUUGCACGAAUUGUGCAAGGAGAUCCAGGUAAGGUAAUUUGCAAGGAAGCAGAGCGUGUAAAGCCUGCAGCUGUUAUCCUGGGUACCAGAGGCAGGGGCUUCAUUCAAAGUGUACUACAGGGAAGUGUCAGCGAGUAUUGCAUGCACAACUGUAAAUCAGCUCCUGUUGUAAUCGUUCCAGGGAAAGAAGCUGGAGACGAGUCGUUGAUCUAGCUAGUGGAACUCAUGGUAUGUAUAGAACAGUUCUGUCCUGAUUAAUGUUGUGCAAUUUCUAUUAGUACUUUAGUAGCUUGUGUAUGUAGUAAUUCGAACUUGGAGGGGUUAUGAGAAUCAAUUGGCCAAGUCUCACCAUUAAUACUUUAUGUGGAUGAAAUUUUCAAAA